ACACCCCGACUCCGGCCUCGCCUCGUUGCCGACACCCGAUGCCUAGCUCGGGUGCCAAUGUCGACGUGAUGGCGCUCAACCUCACCGGGACAGCCAGCCUAGCCGAAGAGCUCGACAAGAAGCUGAUGGUGGUGCUGCGGGACGGCCGCAAGAUCAUCGGCACGUUGCGCACCUUUGACCAGUUCUCGAACGUCGUUCUGGAGCACGCGCUCGAGCGUGUCAUCGUCGGCAAGCGGUUUGCAGAUGUGCCGCUGGGGCUGUACGUCAUCCGCGGCGAGAACGUCGUGCUGCUGGGGCAGAUUGACGACGACAAGGAGCGCGAGACGACAGAGGGGCUGCUGGAGCGGGUGGGGGUGGACGAGAUCCUUGAGCUCAAGCAGGAGCGCGAGGAGGACGACCGGCUCAGGGCGGGCGUCUCGCGCGCGUUGCGCAAGCCUACGGAAUGGGAUGACUAAACCUUACUUAACCUUGGGGCGGGGGGUUGGAUGGAUGCGCCAUCGGCUGAUUGCCUUGUCGCGCGCCGCUUGGAGCGGUGGGCGCGCAAAGUAUCGAUGUACAGUGAUCCACUUCACUCGCGAUGGCGUAUUUUGUGUGAGUCGCGGUGACGAUAAUGC